CCCCCAUCUCAACAGCCGGCCUUUUCGCUUCAGGUCCUGCAGCAGCUCAACCUGGUCCUCCGUCCCACACCGAGCAGCACGUUCCUCUGACGUUGGCGGUCGAGCACACUGGUCCAUCGCCCGCUGGCCAUACGCCUCUCCUCAAAUCUCUCACGAUGACGCUCUCCAGCCUGCAAAUCGAAUCGCUGCUUGCCGAGGCUUCGUACGAAUGCAUCGUGCCAGCAAUCGACUCGGUCACUUCCGACUGCCUCGAAAUCCCUCUUCGCGAUGUCGCCUACUGGGAUGAGGUGCUGUCGUUCUACCUUUGCGCAAAUCCCUCGGAGAACUGCCCAAUUGCUGCCACCGCAGAGUCGCUUCCGUCGAUAGCCCAGGCGAUCUCGAUCCAAAUCACGGCCACCCUGACCUCAAGCGAGUUUCCCUCGACCGCCUACAACUCCUCCGAGAGUCUGGCCGAUGUCUCGGCCUCAGCCAGCUACAACGACAUGAGCGCAGCGAAUGCUGAGGGCAUUGUCGCCAACCCGAGCCUCUCGGUUCAAACGACCGUGUCGGCGCUUCCUGCUGCGGUGCUAUCGACCAUUCGCGGCAACUAUAGCGUCCCCAUCCCGGGUCUGAACCAGAUGAAGCGCAACCCUGCAUAUCGCCGCGAUACCAUCAACAGCCCCAUCGCCGCUGCUUCUCCUAUGGCCGCAGCAGCAACCAGACGCACUCGCGGCAGCACCAUUGCCGUCAUCUCGUCGAGACCAUCGGACUCGCCUGUGGUCGAGAGCGCCGUGUCCGUUUCCAAGGAGCCGGCCGAGGAGGUCAUGCUUUCAUACACGUACCACUACACAGAGGAGGUCGAGGAUCUGCCCAUUCUGCUUACCGAUGGACGAAUUUUGUUUCCGCUCAAGGUUCCUCUGGAGAUUAUCCAUAACAAGGCCGGAUCGUCAAGUCGCUCCAAGCUCGUGCUCAACAUCUCGGUUGCACCCAAACCCAGCUCGUGGUCCGAGAACAAUCGCGACAACUGUGACCUCGAUACCUUUGAUGCAGUCAAUUUGCUGGAGGGGCUCUCUAUAGACCAGUACUUCAACCCCCACAGCAUCCCCUCCCAUCGUCUGUCGCAUCAGCAUCGACGGAUCCCUGGUCUGCCGGCGCCAACCGGCCCCACAAGGGUACCGAAGGUCGUCCGGAUGGUCUUGCCGCUCUCCGAGUUUCUGACCGUGCGCUUCAACACCAAUCUCAUCACUCCCGAGACCAUGAUCCUGUCCGUCAACAUCUCUAACAACCACACCAAGCACCUAUUUGACUUUAUCGUGAGCUCGGUGCGGGUCGAAAUGACCAACGCCAUGGUCGCCUACAUCCAAGGAGACAUUGGCUCGGCAUUGCCUGUUACACUGAAGCCUCUCGAGGAGAUCGACCUGGUUUACAAAGUCUCGUUCUUGGACGCCGGCAGCGGCAGCGUCGAAGAGUCCCAAAAGCGGCAAAGAACCGGGGCCCGGCUCCACAACCCUCCGCAAGAGUCGAUGGUCUCGCUGUUCUCGGAAUCGAAUCAAAUGGGUCGCCUGAUCAACGUCUUGAUCGAGGGCAUUCCGAGCGUAUGCGGCAUUCGUGGACAGACUGUCUGGUCCGAGUACUACUGUUGGGCACAGUCCAGCCCCGGUAUCGGUAUCGGCACGGCAUCCUUCCAAGGCACCGGGAUCCACGGCCGCAAGCAUCUUGUGCCCAAGCGCAUCAUCCAUCUCCGAUCGUCGACGGCCGAGAAGACAGGGGAAACCGUGGGCGGGGUGUCGAUUGUGUUCACUGUGGUAUCGCCGGUCUCUCUAUGCAAGAUCUUCUCGAUACAGGCCUUCUUUGUCAACAAAACGUCCCGGAUCCGCAACUUUUCGCUGAUCAUUCCCCAGGCCCAAAAGAGAGACAAGUUCAAGACUGCCACUGGCAGCUCGUUUGAAUCCAAGCUCUCUGUGAGCUACGAGGAGAUGGUGGAGAGCUACACCGAGGACUGCAAGACCGAUGCCUCGCUCGUCUGCCUCGAGAGCGAAGUGAAACUCGGACCACUCCGGCCCAACACUUGCCAGUCCGUCUACCUGCAUUUUAUUGCCACAAAGGGCAACUUCCACACCCUCGAGACCAUCCAGGUCCUCGACCGCGACUCGGGCAAGAUCGAGGAGCUCAAGAACGUGCUGCAGAUCUAUGUCAAAAGCACCGCCGCGGGAGGGGAGUUGGCUUGAUGCCGCGUCGUCUAUACACUAUAUCGCCG